AUGGCGGAGUGUGUUCUGCCGGCUGCUGCCUGGAAUCCUAGCCCCCUGCCCCCUGUGUCUUCAGCCCCGGAUCUUGCCUCGGAGUCUGGAGUCACGGAGCAGCAGCCCCAGCCACGGACACCACCCUCCUCACCGGCCCAGGAGCCAGGCCCCAGCAUUGACCCUGACAUCCCGCACCCGGACCUGGCCCCCGUGGUCUUUUUUUGUCUCCGGCAAACCACCAGCCCUCGAAACUGGUGCAUCAAGAUGGUGUGUAAUCCGUGGUUUGAGUGUGUCAGCAUGCUGGUGAUUCUUCUCAACUGUGUCACCCUGGGCAUGUACCAGCCAUGUGACGACAUGGACUGUCUGUCUGACCGCUGCAAGAUCCUGCAGGUAUUUGAUGACUUCAUCUUCAUCUUCUUUGCCAUGGAGAUGGUGCUGAAGAUGGUGGCCCUGGGGAUUUUCGGAAGGAAGUGUUACCUGGGGGACACCUGGAAUCGGCUGGAUUUCUUCAUUGUGAUGGCUGGGAUGGUAGAAUAUUCUCUGGACCUUCAGAACAUCAACCUGUCGGCCAUCCGCACAGUCAGAGUCCUGAGGCCCCUCAAAGCCAUCAAUCGAGUGCCCAGCAUGCGUAUCCUUGUGAACCUGCUGCUGGACACCCUGCCCAUGCUGGGCAACGUGCUGCUGUUGUGUUUCUUUGUCUUCUUCAUCUUUGGCAUCAUCGGCGUGCAGCUGUGGGCCGGCCUGCUUCGGAACCGCUGCUUCCUGGAGGAGAACUUCACCACACAAGGAGAUGUUGCCCUCCCCCCCUACUACCAGCCGGAGGAGGACGAUGAGAUGCCUUUCAUCUGCUCACUGUCGGGGGACAAUGGCAUCAUGGGCUGCCACGAGAUCCCCCCCCUCAAGGAGCAGGGCCGCGAGUGCUGCCUGAGCAAAGAUGACUUCGCCUACUACAGCGCGGCUCACCAGGACUUCAACGUCAGCGGCAUGUGCGUCAACUGGAACCGCUACUACAAUGUGUGCCGCACCGGCAGCGUCAACCCACACAAGGGCGCCAUCAACUUCGACAACAUCGGCUACGCCUGGAUUGUCAUCUUCCAGGUGAUCACCCUGGAAGGCUGGGUGGAAAUCAUGUACUACGUCAUGGACGCCCACUCCUUCUACAACUUCAUCUACUUCAUCCUGCUAAUUAUAGUGGGCUCCUUCUUCAUGAUCAACCUGUGCCUCGUUGUCAUAGCGACCCAGUUCUCCGAGACCAAGCAGAGAGAGCACCAGCUGAUGCAGGAGCAGCGCCGGCGGUACCUGUCCUCCAGCACCGUGGCCAGCUACGCAGAGCCUGGGGAUUGCUAUGAGGAGAUCUUCCAGUAUGUCUGCCACAUUCUGCGCAAGGCCAAGCGCCGAAGCCUGGGCCUUUACCAUGCCCUCCGCAGCCGCCACCAAGGCCAGGUGGAGCCUGGUGUGGGGGCCAAGCCUGAGGCGGGGAAUGUCAAGGAACAGAGACGGGACAGGCUGUGCCAGAAACAUGUUCCCCUGGAUUACCCACCCCAUACCCUUGUGCAGCCUAUCUCUGUGACGCAGAUCUCCGACCCUGGCAACUGCCCCCACUGCCGGCAAGAGAGAGAUCAACAUCUGUCCCUGGCAGAGAGCGAUGAUGACUUUGGGCCGGAGGAAGGCUCUGCCAACGAUAUAGAAGGGGAAGGUGGAGGGAGCAGUGAAGGAACCCUGGACCUGGAGAAGGAGGAAGAGGAGGGAGAGAAAGGCAGUGGGGCAGCCAGGCUGUGUGGGGAUGUAUGGCGGGAGGUGAGGGCCAAGCUGAGGGGCAUCGUGGACAGCAAGUACUUUAGCCGAGGCAUCAUGAUUGCCAUCCUGGUGAACACGGUCAGCAUGGGCAUCGAACACCACGAACAGCCCGAGGAGCUGACCAACAUCUUGGAGAUCAGUAACGUGGUGUUCACCAGCAUGUUUGCCCUGGAAAUGAUCCUGAAGCUGGUGGCCUUUGGCCUCUUCGAUUACCUGCGGAACCCUUACAACAUCUUUGACAGUAUCAUCGUCAUCAUCAGUAUCUGGGAGAUCAUUGGCCAGGCGGACGGGGGCCUCUCUGUGCUGCGGACGUUCCGCCUGCUGCGCGUGUUGAAGCUGGUCCGCUUCAUGCCAGCCCUGCGCCGCCAGCUGGUGGUUUUGAUGAAGACCAUGGACAACGUGGCCACCUUCUGCAUGCUGCUCAUGCUCUUCAUCUUCAUCUUCAGCAUCCUAGGGAUGCACAUUUUUGGCUGCAAAUUCAGCCUCAGGACUGACAGCGGAGACACGGUGCCCGACCGGAAGAACUUUGAUUCGCUCCUCUGGGCCAUUGUCACAGUGUUCCAGAUCCUGACGCAGGAGGAUUGGAACAUGGUGCUCUACAAUGGCAUGGCCUCCACUUCUCCCUGGGCCUCCCUCUACUUUGUGGCUCUCAUGACCUUCGGAAACUACGUGCUCUUCAACCUGUUGGUGGCCAUCCUGGUGGAGGGCUUCCAGGCGGAGGGAGAUGCGAACCGCUCCUACUCAGAUGAGGACCAGAGCUCGUCCAACUUGGAGGAGUAUGACAAGUUCCGGGAGGGUCACGAAGGUCAUUUUGAUGUCAAGCUCUGCCCCAUCCCUAUGACCCCCAAUGGGCACCUGGACCCCAGCCUUCCACUGCCUGGCCCCCUGGCCACAACGGGGGGCAUGCCCCCUGGCCCUUGCCACUCCCUGCAGCCUGACCAGGUGCUCAUCGCGCUGGACUCCCGAAAGAGCAGCGUGAUGUCUCUGGGGAGAAUGAGCUAUGACCAGCGAUCUCUGUCUAGCACCCGCAGCUCCUACUAUGGGGCCUGGGGCCAUAGUGGAGCCUGGGCCAGCCGCAGGUCCAGCUGGAACAGCCUGGCCCGGGGCCAUAGCCUGAAGCACCGGGCCCCCUCCGCAGAGCACGAGACGCUCCUCUCAGGGGAGAGGGGCCGGUCAGCAGAGGCGGAGCGGGAUGAGGGCGCCCUUCGCGGCCCGCCCCAUCACCUACCGCCUCAUCCCCAUCACCAUCACCACCACCUCCACCACCCCCACCACUACCGGCACCGUCGGACGCUCUCCCUCGAUACCAAGGACUCCUUGGACCUGGCAGAGCCACCGCUGGCCCCUCACACUCAUCUGAGGCCCCCCCGGAAGGCGGGCACAGGCCUGGGCACCGGGGAGCACCGGGACUGCAAUGGCAAGAUGCCCAACAUUGCCAAAGAUGUUUUCACCAAGAUGGAUAACCGGAAGGACCACGCGGAGGACGAGGAAGAGAUUGACUACAGCCUGUGUUUCCGAAUCCGGAAGAUGAUUGAUGUUUACAAGCCUGACUGGUGUGAGAUCAGGGACGACUGGUCUGUCUACCUCUUCUCUCCUGAGAACAGGUUCCGGGUCCUCUGCCAAACCAUUAUCACCCACAAGCUCUUUGACUAUGUUGUCCUGGCUUUUAUCUUCCUCAACUGUAUCACCAUCGCCUUGGAGAGACCCCAGAUAGAGGCCGGCAGCACUGAGCGGAUAUUCCUCACUGUGUCCAACUACAUCUUCACCGCCAUCUUUGUUGGAGAGAUGACACUAAAGGUGGUCUCCCUGGGCCUGUAUUUUGGGGAGCAGGCCUACCUCCGGAGCAGCUGGAACAUCUUAGAUGGUUUCCUGGUCUUCGUGUCCCUCGUUGACAUCGUGGUCUCUGUGGCCUCUGCAGGAGGAGCCACCAUCCUUGGGGUCCUCCGGGUCCUCCGCCUCCUCCGGACCCUUCGCCCGCUCAGGGUCAUCAGCCGUGCCCCAGGGCUGAAGCUCGUGGUGGAGACGCUGAUCUCAUCCCUCAAACCCAUUGGAAACAUUGUCCUCAUCUGCUGCGCCUUCUUCAUCAUCUUCGGCAUCCUGGGAGUGCAGCUCUUCAAGGGGAAGUUUUACCAUUGCCUCGGGGUUGACAUACGGAACAUCACCAACCGCUCUGACUGCGUGGCCGCCAACUACCGCUGGGUGCACCACAAGUACAACUUUGACAACCUGGGCCAGGCCUUGAUGUCCCUCUUCGUCUUGGCCUCCAAAGAUGGCUGGGUCAACAUCAUGUACAACGGGCUGGAUGCGGUGGCUGUUGACCAGCAGCCUGUAACCAAUCACAAUCCCUGGAUGUUGUUGUAUUUCAUCUCCUUCCUGCUCAUUGUCAGCUUCUUUGUCCUGAACAUGUUUGUGGGGGUGGUGGUGGAGAACUUCCACAAGUGCCGGCAGCACCAGGAGGCAGAGGAGGCACGUCGGCGGGAGGAGAAGCGACUCCGGCGGCUGGAGAAGAAGCGAAGGAAAGCCCAGCGGCUCCCAUAUUAUGCUACCUACUGCCCUACCCGACUCCUUAUUCAUUCUGUCUGUACCAGUCACUACCUGGAUAUCUUCAUCACCUUCAUCAUCUGCCUCAAUGUCGUGACCAUGUCCCUGGAACACUACAACCAGCCCGUGUCCUUGGAGAUUGCUCUCAAAUACUGCAACUACAUGUUCACCACAGUCUUUGUGCUGGAAGCCAUGUUGAAGCUAGUAGCAUUUGGACUGAGACGUUUCUUCAAAGACAGGUGGAACCAGCUGGACCUGGCCAUUGUCCUCCUCUCAGUCAUGGGCAUCACCCUGGAGGAGAUUGAGAUCAACGCCGCCCUGCCCAUCAAUCCCACCAUCAUCCGCAUCAUGAGGGUGCUGCGUAUUGCCCGAGUGCUGAAGCUGCUGAAGAUGGCCACUGGGAUGCGAGCCCUGCUGGACACAGUGGUGCAGGCCCUCCCCCAGGUGGGGAACCUGGGCCUUCUCUUCGUGCUUCUCUUUUUCAUCUAUGCCGCUCUGGGCGUGGAGCUCUUCGGGAAGCUGGUGUGCAGCGAUGAGCACCCCUGUGAGGGUAUGAGCCGCCAUGCCACCUUUGAGAACUUUGGCAUGGCCUUCCUCACGCUCUUCCAGGUCUCUACUGGGGACAACUGGAAUGGGAUCAUGAAGGACACGCUGCGGGACUGCACCCACGACGAGCGCAGCUGUCUCAGCAACCUCCAGUUCAUCUCGCCGCUGUACUUCGUCAGCUUCGUGCUCACCGCCCAGUUCGUCCUCAUCAACGUGGUGGUGGCCGUGCUGAUGAAGCACCUGGACGACAGCAACAAGGAGGCGCAGGAGGAUGCGGAGAUGGACGCCGAGAUCGAGCUGGAGAUGGCCCACGGCCUCUGCCCGCGGAGCUCGGGCUCCCCGGGCUCCGGCAAAGGCGGAGGCUGUGCGGCCGGCGCGGGGCCUCCCGCCGAGCCCGAGGCGCGCCGCUGCUUGCGCUGUUACUCCCCGGCCCAGGAGAACUUGUGGCUGGACAGUGUCUCUUUAAUUAUUAAGGACUCCUUCGAAGGAGAGCUAAUGAUGAUCGAUAACCUGUCCGGCUCCGUCUUCCACCAUUAUUCCUCCCCGGCUGUGUGCGAGAGGUGUGAUCAUGACCAGCAAGAGGUUCAGCUGGCUGAGGUGGAGGCCUUCUCCCUGAACUCAGACAAGUCCUCGUCAAUCCUACUGGGGGAUGAUGUGAGCCUGGAGGAUCCCCCGGCAUGCCCUGUGGCCUCCAACGAGGUCAAGGGAGAGUCAGAGACUCCUGACCCCAUCGAGAUCGGGGACUCGGGAGAAUGCUUCUUCCCGUUGUCCAACAUGGCCGUUUCAGAGGCCCCAGAGAGCUACCUGUGUGAGAUGGAGAAGGACCCCUUCAAUCCUGUCCAGUCCUGGCUGAAACACGAGAGUGGUCAGGUUCCGGCCAGUCCUUUCUCACCUGAUGCUGCCAGCCCUCUCUUGCCCAUGCCUGCAGAGUUCUUUCAUCCAGCUGUGGCCAGCAGCCAGAAGGCCGAGGAGAAGGCCGCCUGCAAGGAGACCCUGCCCAAGAUCUCCCUGCAGGGCUCCUGGGCAUCCUUACGAUCUCCAAGCGUCAACUGCACCCUCCUCCGACAGACCACAGAGAGCGACACCUCCCUGGACAACAGCCGGAGCAGCGGCUCGGUGGGCAGCCUUCAGACCACGCUGGACGACAGCCUGAAUCUCAGCGACUCCCCCCAGUGCACCCUGGACCUCCCCUCCGCCCUGUGCCCCAGGCUGCCCGGUCCCCACGCCGGGGCCUCCCACAGAACUGUGGUGGCAGCUGCCCUGUCCCCGGCCUCUCGGCGCCGGAGCCUGCGAGGCCGCGGCCUCUUCAGCCUGCGGACCCUGCGAGGCCACCAGCGCAGUCACAGCAGCGGGGGCAGCACCAGCCCCGGCUGCACCCACCACGACUCCAUGGACCCCUCUGACGAGGAGGGGGUGGGCAGCAGCCUCCAGGGUGGAGGCACCAACAGUAGUGAGCAAUCGGAGACCCUCAGCAGCCUCUCCCUCACGUCCCUCUUCUCCCCCGCCCUCCCAGCCCCAGGCCUCCGGCUGGCUAAGAGGUGUAGCAGCACCAGCAGCCUGUCUACAGUAGGCCCCCUGUCCUCCACCAAGGGACCCUUGCCUCCCCUGGGGACUGAGGGCAUGCAGCCCUACUCGGUCGACCCCAGGGGCUUCCUGUCUGCACCCUCCUGGGGGACAGACUUCUGCAAGGACCGCCGCUCAGCCAGCGAGGAGACCCAGGGGCCAGAUGGCCACGCACGCAAGCAGCCUCCCCAGAUGGAGCUUGGGGCAGGGGUAGCCAAGAGGAGCAGAUGA